AUGAACGAUAUAGAGAAACAAUCCGAUAAAAAUAUUAUUAACGAAGAUAAUAGUUUGAUACUACAAAAUGAAGCAGGAAUAUUAGGUGAAAUGGUGAAUUUAUCAAAUCAUUUAGAUCAGCAUGCUGAUGAAGAUGCAGAAAAAGUUUAUCAACAACGAAAUUCUGUAAUAUAUAAUGUUCCUGUAGAAAGAGACGAAGAUAAUGAGAGUUUGGAAGUACAACCAAGUAUUAAUUCAAGUGAAGCUGAUUCAGUUCAUGCUUUUACAGGAAAUCAUGAAGAUGGACAAUCAACAAUUGAUAAAAUUGAUUCAAAUUCAAGUAAUGACACUUUACAAAAGAUUCAAACAAGAUAUUUUUCACCAAGAUUACAAAAUCAAAGAAAAAAAGUUUUUUUACAAUUUCUCUUAACUAUUCUAAUCUUUGCUGUAUUUAUGUUUACUAUUUUCACAUUAUUUUGGGGUUCAAAUGCUUUUACCGUUAAAUAUUAUCCUCGUAUUAAACUUUUAGCUGUCUUUCAAGAUGAUAUAUUGACAACAGAAAUGGAAGAUUUAAAUGUUAUACCAUUAACAGCUGUAAUGGGCCAAUUAAUUUCUUUAAUGCCAGGGAAAUGGAGUAUAUAUAAUACUAGUGAUGAAUUUAUUAAUAAAUAUAAUCUGGCAAGUGAUAAUACAAAUAAAUCCUUUGUUAUUGAUGAAAAAGUUACGGAACGUAUUUAUCAUGAAUAUUUUUGGGUUUCUUUAAAUAUUAAACCAAAUGCAACAUUACAACUUUAUAAUUCAAUUGUUAAUAAUACUGCAACACCAUUUAAUUCAUCUUCAAUAUUUGAAGUCAUGUAUGAAAGUGGACGUGAUCCAACAAAUAUGAAAACUGCAAUAUUACCAAUUAUGCAAAAUUUAGAUACUGCAUUUGAAGAAUAUUAUUCUUAUAAUUAUUUACCAAGUUUAAUUACUAAUAUUACCACCAAAUAUCCAAAUAUUACAUUUAAUCCAUUUAAUGUUGCAACAAUGGGGAAAAUUGGUUUUAAUUAUAUUGAUUAUAGACCAUUUUAUCGUCGUGGUUUAAUUACUCCUGCACAAAUUGGUAUCAUUUAUGGUUUAAUUAUUACAGUUUUCCAAUUUUUAGUUUAUACACCACUUCAUAUGGAAAUGGCAAAAUAUUUAAAUGCUAAAAAUUAUAUUAUUUAUAGAAUAUUGAUCUCCUUCAUUACAUUUUUUUUCACAUCAUUAUUUUAUUGUACUGUAUCAGCAAUGUAUGGAUUUGAUUUUACAAAAGCAUUCGGUCGUGGUGGAUUCAUGGUAUAUUGGAUGUCAUCAUGGUUAUAUAUGUUAGCAUGUGGUGGUGCUAAUGAAAAUGUCGUUAGUUUAAUUUUCUUGUGGAAACCACAAUUCCUAGGGUUUUGGAUUUUAUCAUUUGUUAUAAUUAAUCUAGGCCCAGCAUUUUUCCCAAUGGCUUUAGAUAACGUAUUUUAUAGAUAUGGUUACGCUAUGCCUAUUCAUAACGCAGUCGGAAUCUUUAGAGUCAUUUUCAUGGAUACUUCAAGAAGACAUAUGGGUAGAAACUAUGGUGUACUAGUGGCAUGGAUUGUAAUUAAUACUAUUUUACAACCUUUUGUUAUUAGAUUUGUUGCUAAAGUCAAUAGAAAAAGACAACAAGCUGCUGUGGCAGCUGCAGCUGCACCAACUGAAGAUCAAAAUAAAGAAGAUUCCAAUAAAUAA